AUGGCUCUAGGGUCGACAACACCCCCAGUAAACACUGAAAAUGCAAAUCAAGGGAUGCAAGCUAUUGAUACUCAAACUGUACUGAUGAAUGGCAAUCACGUUCAGCUUCUUGAUGUAGUCUCAAUUUUCAAGGGCAAGCUCCACGCCGCGGCAGAUCGACAUAAAGUGUCGGAUGUUGCAGAUCUGGAGCAUCUUAUAAAUUUGUAUGGGCAAAGUCUUCGACCACACGCCGGCAAAUUCAGCCUUAGGGAUGUUAGCAAAGUGGCGCAGGGGAUACAAUCCGAUGAGGGAACCUGGAUAAGCCCGCCUUCUUAUAAUGCCCAAAUUGGCAUCAUUGAGCAACCUAAACCUGGAGUAAGGUUCUUAUUGUUCACGUAG